GGUUUGAUUACGCGGUGUUUUGGGCUCUAAACAUGGCAGAGCGUGAAGCUUUACAGAAAGAAAUCGAGGAGCUUCAAAACCUCAUUAAGGACCACAAGAGAGUUCAUGGUGAUGGCCCGUCAAGCUCGGCUCCGUGGUUUUCAGCUGGACGUGGCCUGGGUAGAGGUCGAGGGCACAACCCACAUAACACUCACUCGUAUUCAGGUCAGGCCCAGACUUUUGCACCUCGCCAUCCCAGCCAGUGGAGGAAAACAUACUCUCUCAACAACAAGACCACCACAGCUCUUGGAGGAGGACCCUCUCAGGCUUCUGCGCCCUAUCUAAACAAGACUCAACAUGUUAGUUCUGCAGUUUCUGUUGCUGGCUCGCUUGCGGACAGCCAAAAACCCAGUGGUGUCUGUAAGCUCAAGGAGACAACAGAGGCUCAGACUAUUAAGAGCUGCACAGCACCUUUACAGAGCAUUGGUAAGAAGGAAUUGCCUCUUUCUGGUGACAUUAUCUCAGCCACUAGUGCGAACAGGACAGUACUGAAACCUACAACAUCUAAAACUGAAACAGAAGUCAGUUCUAAAACAGUUCUUGCAGGAUCUUCAACCACCAAUGAACUAACUCAACAGAGUGAAUGCGAAAAAAGGACAAAUCUAACCGACACAUCAAAAAGUGCAUCACAUAUGGUUUGCGGCACUGCUACCUCAUCUGCUACCUCCUGUGCCUUUAAAAAUACGACGACUUCAGCACCCCUGCAAGCCAAACCUCACCUCACCAGCACCAUUUCAACUAAUAGGAGUGUGAUUAUAGCAACAGCUGUUAAAGACUUUUCUUCAACUCUGGAGACCACUCCUCCUCGGGCCAGCUCUAGUUCUGCAUUAAGCCACAGAAUUAAAUUGGACUCAACAGCACAUGUGCUGACAAAGCCCUCUGUCCUCAAGACAUCACAGUUUACCUGGGUGAAGAGCCAAGGGACUACAAUUAGCCAGCCUAAACCACAGAUACACGCUGGCAUUGACUCUUCUUCUAACUCUAAGCCUACUGUAUCAGGUUCUGCAGUUACUGGGAUUGCUAAUGUCAAGCAUGACCACGGCUCAAACAAGAAGGGACAUCGUAGACCUAGUCUUACAUCAGGCUCUCCUAGAGCUUCAAAGUACUCCUGGGUGUCAUCAUCCUGCUCCAGAGGAACCCUAACCAAACAGCCAAACAAGCAACCUUCUCCCAAAGCUCUCAAGUUGCCCGGGAAAGUGACAAAGGAGGGAUCAGACGGGACCAAAAAAUUCACUAGUAGUUCUUCUACCAUGUCAAAGAGGACUAAAACUAGUGGAGGUACUUCCACAUCACAUUCUAGCCAUGGUAAUUCCAAUGCCAGCCGUUAUUCCUGGAAGGCCCCAGCACAGAGCUCUUCUGUGGUUUCAGUUGGGUCUACCCCGCGGUCAUCUCGAAAGGGAUCUGUCUAUCGAUGGACUGCUCAGAAAGAGGGAAAAGAUUCAGGUUUUGGAUCAAUUACGUCUCGAGUUCAGCAUAGCCCUGCCACCACUCCUCCUUCUAGUAGUGGAUUCAAGCUGAGGAGCAGAACAAAGAUCAUCAGGAGAUGUACCAGCAGCCCUGCACCAGAGAGGAAGUCUGGCCCCUCUGUGGUGACUGUAAGGAGUCGUUAUUCCCUGAGGAGGAGGACACACACUCCUGUAAGGACUCCAACUGGUUCCAGACGAGGCCAGUCUAGGAUGCUUGUCUCUUUUGGCAGACACAAGCUCCGGCGCCUCACUGCCUCCUCCCCCACCACUGCUGCAUGGACCACGAGGACAGGUUUUUCUCCUCUUUCUGGACGGAGUUCAGUUCCACACAGGGUCAUCAAAACCCGCUACAAGAUUGACACACGCAGAGCUCACCUCCAGCACCACAACCCCGCACUGUCCUACAGAGUCAAGAGAAUCCAGUCAGCCAGGAGUCUCCUGCAGAGUCGUCUGCGAUCACCCCCGGAUAGACAGUGGAGGGGGCGGGGCAUGCGCUGGAUAGGCGGGGCCCUGUACAGAGUCUCAGCCAAUAAGCUUUCACGCACACAGACUACCAGCACAUCAUCUGCCAGAUCAGCAAAGUGGUUCAGUUCACAGGAAGUAUCCUCCAGCAGUGGAGUGAGGACAUCCAGCAUGAGACAUGUUGCCAGUCGUGCGGUGCAGAGAAGUCUGGCUAUCAUCCGUCAGGCUCAUCAGAAAAAGCAGCAGGCCAAACAGUACUGCAUGUACUACAACCGUUUCGGCAAGUGCAACCGCGGCAGCAGCUGCCCCUACAUUCAUGAUCCAGAUAAGGUGGCUGUUUGUACCAGGUUUCUCAGAGGCACCUGUAAGCAGACAGAUGGGACGUGUCCUUUCUCACACAAAGUGUCCAAAGAAAAGAUGCCUGUAUGUUCGUACUUCUUGAAGGGAAUCUGUAACAACAGUAGCUGUCCCUACAGCCAUGUUUAUGUGUCUCGCAAGGCAGACGUGUGUCAAGACUUCAUCAGAGGCUACUGUCCUCAGGGAGAGAAGUGUAAGAAGAAACACACUCUUGUGUGUCCAGAGUUCUCCAGAACUGGUGCGUGUCCCAAAGGGUCCAAGUGUAAACUGCAGCACAGACAGAGAGCUAAGCGCACUGGAUCCAGCCCCACCUCAGGCCCAGGCAAAAAAGCCCGCACAAAGAGGUCAGAAUCUGAAACAAGCUUAUCAGAGUCCACUGAGGCAGACGAGGGCACCACUCAAUCGGGUCUCUCCAAGCUCCCCUCCUUCAUCUCCCUGUCCAGUUCACCAGACACCCCGGAGACUGCUGACAGCCCCCCAUGCCCCCCUGUAGCAGGAACAGAGGCCACAGGAAAGAAACUGCAAAUCAAGCCUCGCUUCUAGGAAGUUCCAGAACUGUGGGACCUUUUUAACACACAGCUGAUGGCUAGAACAGAAGGAGCUUUCAGGUUCAGGAUUGAAUGAGAGAAUUUUUCAGAAAAAUUGACAAAAAGAAGAUGCAGUGAUUAAUAAAUGUCUGUAUAAUUUAGUGUAGAAAAGGCUGGAUGUAGAAUUUACCCUGAAAGAAGUGAGGUAUAGGACUGUGCAUCAUUUCAGAAGUAUUUUGAUGUUUUUGAAAGCCUAUAGCUUGUUGUGCAGAUAUAUCAUUUUUUUAUGUAACACACAGGUGCUUUCUUCAACUAAUCUCUAAUCUCAGGGACUCUCUUCUGUGCAUGUGUCACUUUUAAAUCAAUGUGAUUUUAGUUUUUAUUAUAAGAGAUGUAUUGUUAUUGUGCUAUAUUUAAGUUUGAAGACGUUUGUAUUGGAAAUAAAUCAUUAGAUCUCAA